AUGACCACUCCCACAAAACUUAGGAAAAAAGCACCCUCCAUCAUCACGCAGUCCGACUUCCUGUCUCAAACUGCGGGCUUCACCAAUCGCUUUUCUAUGAGUAGCAUCGCUGCUCUUUAUACUUCACAGUUUGCGGAAGGCUUCAGCAAUAACGAACGGCAAGCAUCCAUCAGGGCCUCACUCAGGCAUGAUGCACACAUCGACGGUGCUCAUUAUUGGAUGAAAACAGCUGGUGGUCUUCAUUCGUCGUACAUUUCAUUCAACCCUGCUGUGGAACAGACAGAACAGAGGGUUCUUACUCAGGAUGACCUCUUAGAAGCGGCACUGCAAGACGUUUUCAAUGCAAUCACCAUGCAAGACCGUCUCGAUGGCGGCAUCUCCCUUCUGAUUCGUUGUGGUGGCAUUGAAGCCGGCCCCAACAUCUCACCAGAACAAGUGCCCAUCGACCUCUAUAUCACACCCCGCGAAUUGCAAGAAACAGGCCAGCGCAUCGGUGGAGACCUUGCUGUUUUGGUCCAGGCCUUCGCGCAGGAGUUCGCUGUUCCACAUCUCCAUCGUUUCAUGCAACGUUGCACUGCCGAGAAUGUGAAACCGCCUAAGCAUUUCCCUGCUACGCACAUCAGUCCAAAUGGGCCACAAUAUUUGCCAGCACCCAUGGUCGCUACUGGUGCUUGUAUCCAGUGUUCUGCACAAGCACCUCAUGUGUUUGCGAGCGCCUUGCAAGCUCUCUCGGAUGCGAAAGUGCCUAACACGUCAUCGGCUGCUAUAUGCCACGGUGUAACAAGUGCCAUGCAACAUCAGAUUCGUCAACGGCAACCUGCGGAUGUAUUUCUUAGUAGCAGGAACCCCGGUGAUAGCUUAGUGGCUGGUCAAUCGGAUACUCUGCGUGGUGGUACUAAUUCGGUUGGGCCAGCGCUCAUUAGCGUUGGACCAAACACUGAUGCAGUGCUUGAUCGGUUCAAGCUUGGGGAUGAGAUUUUGCCCAAGCUGCGAGUUUUAGCCAGCACCGUCCGUAGCAGCCGAUGGGAAUCUGUUUUCAGAUCUCCGAAGUGGGAUUUGUCCUACGAGCAAGCUUCCUUGUUGUCAAAGGCCCUUCUUGCUGACUUACAGGACGUACCACUCAACCAUGAUGUUGUCCAGUCACCAUCCGCACUAGCAGCUGUUCUCACUAGCAUCUUGAAGAUCCUUGGCAUUUUAGUUUUUUUAUGUGCGCUAUACUUUUUUGGGCUUUUAUUCCUGUAG